AUGAGUCGAUAUGUGCCUGAGCGAGCAAUGUCAAGGACUUGGUACGAUCCUUCCCAGUUAGCCCCCAGAGUACCAGCCGUCUUGUCCUUGGUUCCAAGUAGUAUUUUUCAGAGAACCAAGUAUGGGUUAGAAGUUGCUAUAACGGACAUGCUAGUCAUAGUGUCGAAUUGCUCUCUGUUAAUAUGUGGCGAGAUGAAGGGCAGCUCGGAGUCGAUGUUCUUCCAACAUAUCCAAGCUGAAGUGUUUGACUCGGUACGUAGGGAUGCUGACCUCAAUGGGGAUGACCGCCUUGACUCUGAAAGCGAGCGAGUAUGGGGUCUCACUUGUGGAGGUGCGCUCGGUGCAGCGGGAAUGCCAAAACGACAAACAAUGUUUUUCCAUGCGAAGUUCUGCACCUUGGCUGCUGUGAUAGUUGCCAAUGGUUCUGCCUCCGCCCAUUUGGUAAAGUAA